CUGUCUCAAACCCAGAAUCCGGAUCCACUCCAGUUCUUCGGGGCAAUCCUAGUGUUCACUAUUGUGUACGGCUGAGGAAAGAAGAAAAAGGAGGGAGCAUAGGGGGAGAAGGAAAUCUGCCUCUUUGUGUGGGAAGGUCUGAGCAAGAAGGCGAUUUUGUAAUUAUUUGAGGUAGCCACCAAAGCAAGGCUGUUCCUCCUGACCUCCAAACAGCAUCGUGUCCAAUUUCUGUACCUCUGCUGCCUUACGGGAGUCACAUAUGAGUGUGCUUCUGAGGCUGCCAAACAGCGACACUCGGGCUUCUCCUGAUGAUGAGAGCCGACGUCAGACUGGUUUCCAUGAAUAUUGAUGUGGAGGAUAGUCUGUUUCAUAGAAGAACAGAAGGAGGCAAGAUGGCUGCCUUUAGGAUUUGUUAAAGAGGAGAUCCAGACGGUUUGUUGGAAUUUCUACAAAGUGGAGGGACGUGAAAGGCAGGACGGACAGAGGGCAGCCUUGUGUAUGGACUCUGAGCAGGCCAGAUGGAAACAGAAGAGAAGAGACAUGAGAAGGAAGAAAGUCUGAUAUUAGAGCAAUUUGGCACAUCUCACAACAUCCCUCAUAAACUCCAGAAUGGAGGCCAGUUUUCAGAGGGAAAUUCUCUGCAGAUCACUGGGGAUAAAAACUGGAACCAUUAUAAACCCAGCACUGAUGCCAACACUUUAAAAAGGCACAGGGAGAACUGCAACAACCCUGCUUCAGAACAAGGGUUGUUGGAUCAAGGAUCCUACAUCAUGAAUGGAGAACUGAUGAAUGGAGAGUUAAAGCAUGCACUUACUGAACAGUCCGUAUUGGUCCAUCAGUCCAAGAAAACAAAAAUAGAUUCUGAGAUUAAAGGAAAAGAUGACAUAAGUUCAGAUUUACUGGACAAGUUUCCUGAACUGACUACAACAAAUGAAUUUGGAUGCAAUUCCCAAACAUCAGAGAUUAAGUUCGAUAGCAGGAACUGCAAUUUUCGUAACGGAGAUAUUUUCUGUGUGCCACGAAAUAAACAAGUUCCAAAUGGUGCUGUAUCAUCUCCCUCAACCAUAGAAAGCACCCCAGGUGAUUUGUUAGAGAAGACUUUGUCUCAGUAUUAUGCUGAGCAAGUCUCAAUUGCACCACAAACAUCUGGGUCACAAUUAGAUGCUGUCAAUGAUUCACUGCCUGAUAAACUGUCCAGUGAAGGUGCUCAACUUCCCCCUAUGACCUCAGGUUUGCCCAAUUCAGCACAGAUGCCUGGCUCACAGCAACAGCAGGCUCAGGCAUCUGGAAAUACUGAAGGAGGCAACAAUUAUAACUCUGUCAACUAUGUACUAAAUGGAUACUCCAAUAAUUUUGGAGCAGACCACCAGCAGACACAACAACAUCAGCAGUCAACACCAUCUUAUUCUGGUGAGGAACUGGCUCUGGGACAGCUGUCAGGCAUGAUCCUGUCUACAAAUAAUGCCAAAAUCCCGCAACAGCAUCCAAAUGGUGCACAGUGUUACCAGGAUGGCACACGUCAUCAAGGCAUAUAUGUAAAAGCCCACCAGGAGUUUAAUGGCAGUUCCUUUCCAAACUGCAAUAGUUCCCUACAGUCAGCAGAGGCAGAAUAUGAGUCCUUUCCCAGUUCUGGCACACAGAAACAGGGGCAAAGUGAGGAAAACACGUCUAGUCAGCCUAUGCAGCAUGGCACUGAUAGGGAUCGGCACUAUGGGAUUCAACCCCAGGACUUUCAAGAAAAUGCUGUAAACCCACUUAGAGCUGAGAGUCAGGGACCCAUGGGAUCCAGACUCCAACAGUUACACCACACUGGUAUGGAAAACGGGAUGGAAAACAUGUCUCAGCAGAGAGCCAACUUAUCUUGUUCUACCCCUAACCAGAGAGGUUGGAGAGAACUGAAAUCUUCACAUUCCCAACAGCCACCAACAAGUGGCCCAUCAUCUCAGGCACAAGAGCAGGAUAUGUGGAGGAACUUCUCUAUUAAGUCUAUGUCAGAACAGCAGACAGCUAACCCCCCGGUUCAUGGCCAGAUGUUUGAGCCAAACCCAACGCAAAGAUUUCAGACACAGGGAGUUUUCUCUGAUGGCAGCCAGGGGUCUAACUUCCAGAAGAAACAGCAGGAUUAUCUGCCAAUGCAAACUCAUUGUGCUUCAGCCCAGCACAACACUGCUUCUGAGUGGCAGCAAUCAAAUUCUGAAGGAGCUCAAAUGCAGCAGCCUCUAGCCCAGAAAAUGCCAGAGCAGCAAAAACUCACUCAAAAUCAACAAGUUGACAGUCGCUGCCACUCCCAGAUGCAGUCAGAGCACUUAUGUGAGGACAAUGACCUCCAGGAAAUACUGUCACCUGGGUUUUUGGCAACACAGCAACAACAGCACUGUCAGCUCCAACGGCCAAUGUCCCAGCCACCACAAUUCGAAGCGCAGCAACUAAAGUCUCCCAGUUACAGACCUCACAGUCAGCCUCAGCCAGGUCAGCAGCUGCUUCAAUCCAAUCAGCCUUUUGGAAAUGGUCCUGCUCAAUCCAGCAACCAACAUGUCCCGCAAAAUGACCAUGCAACAUUUAGUAAUAUUAAGACAGUAGAGAUGCCACAACAUCAAAGGCAGUAUCCUCCAAACUCAGGCAGCACUAACCUCAAGCAAUUUCAACCACAGCAGCCUAAAAGCCACUGCCACCAGCCCAACCACGAGGACUUUCCUCCAAACUCUACACAGUCACAACCUCAUUUACCACAAGGUGCUUUAAGCCAACAGGUCACAAAACAAAUGUAUCCCAAAGCUGAACAGCAGCUGAAGACAUCUUGCACUCAGUUCCAAAGGGGACCUCAACUACCUCUGGGACCGGCAGGUCCCCACGUAGACUUUCAGAGGCAUGCAGCCCUACGUAUGCACCUGUUACAAAAGCAGGAACGCCAGGGCUCUCCUCAAACCCCUCAGAACUCUAGUGACCCUAAACAUAUCCCGAGAGCUGUGAAAAUGGAAAAUGGGCCCAGAUUUGAAAUAUCUGGCUUACAGAACCAGGAGCAUCAGAUACACAUGCGAGAGGCAGGUAGAAUACAAAUUAAGCAGGAAAACCAACAAUCCCUGUGUGAGCAAAGUAAGAAGCAGGGAAGUAUCAUAGCCUCUAUGGAACAAAGCCUGAGGCAAUACCAGCUUUCACCUGUGUUUGAGAAAAAAUCCAUUGUCAUCAAUGCAUUGAAUAAAGUCAAAGUAGAAUCUUCUGGGCCUGUCACAAUCCUGUCAACCAAAACUGAUGUGAAUGGAGUAGAAUCAUCAGCACUUGCCUCAUCCACUGAAGUUCUUAAAAAAACACCUGAUUCCACCCCUAAGAAGGAACAACUUCUCCAAAGUUUUAUGGAUUCUCCUGUGAAGCUAUUGAAUACCCCUAUAAAGAAUCUUUUAGACACCCCAAUGAAAACACAGUAUGACAUUGCAUCCUGCCACUGUGUUGAACAAAUCAGUGAGAAGGAUGAAGGCCCAUACUACACUCACUUGGGGGCAGCACCAAGCAUUGCUGGCAUACGGGAAAUGAUGGAAAAAAGGUCUGGCCUAACAGGGCGCGCCAUCAGAAUCGAGAAAGUAAUAUACACCGGGAAGGAAGGAAAAAGUACACAAGGAUGCCCCAUAGCCAAAUGGGUGAUUCGUCGAUCCGGUGUAGAAGAAAAGCUAUUGGUUUUGGUGCGUGAACGCCCUGGCCACAGAUGUGCAACAACCUGCAUCAUUGUUGUAAUUCUAGUUUGGGAAGGGAUUCUGCCAAGUCUAGCUGACCGCCUCUACCUCGAGCUAAGUGAAACUCUAACAAAACAUGGAACCCUCACCCAGAGACGCUGUGCUCUCAAUGAGGAGAGGACAUGUGCAUGCCAGGGAUUAGAUCCUGAAGCCUGUGGAGCAUCAUUCUCCUUUGGCUGUUCCUGGAGCAUGUACUACAAUGGCUGCAAGUUUGCUCGGAGCAAAGUCCCAAGAAAAUUCAAGUUACUUGGAGAUGAUGUGAAGGAGGAAGAGAGAGUGGAGAGCAACUUUCAAAAUUUGGCAACUUUAUUGGCUCCCUUGUAUAAAACUAUGGCACCUGAAGCUUAUGGAAACCAGGUGGAACAUGAACAUAGGGCUUUGGAUUGCCGUCUUGGGCUCAAGGAUGGCCGUCCUUUCUCUGGGGUUACUGCUUGUAUGGAUUUCUGUGCCCAUGCUCAUAGAGACCUCCACAACAUGCAGGGUGGCAGCACUGUGGUGUGUACAUUAACGAGGGAGGAUAACAGAGAGAUUGGAAAGAUUCCAGAGGAUGAGCAGCUUCAUGUCUUACCUCUUUAUAAGGCUUCCAACACUGAUGAAUUUGGAAGUGAGGAAGGUCAACAAGAAAAAAUAAAGUCAGGGGCUAUCCAAGUUCUCAGUGUUUUCCGCCGCCAGGUGCGCAUGCUUGCAGAGCCUGCUAAAUCUUGCCGACAAAAAAAGCUGGAUGCUAAGAAAGCAGCUGCCAACAAGAAUGCCAUGCUGGAAAGCUCCAAUGAUAAAGGAGAGAAGGCCAAAUCAAAAGCUGGCACUUUUGAGAAUUCUACUCAGAGCAAUCCAAUGGCAGGACUUAAUCCAGGUGCUGUAGGAGCAACCCGUCAGUCAUGUCAGCCACAACACCCCCUAGGGGUCCAUCAGCAGCAGCAACACCACCAGAGCAUUCUGCCUCCUUAUCCUGGCUCAACAAAUGCUGCUUUCUCCAGGUUUCCCAACCAUAAUGGGUCUUUUCCAAGCACUUCAAAGCCAGGCAGCAUAUAUCCCCAUCAGCCAUCAUCUUCCAGCCCUUAUCCUUCCCCACUCCAUGCAACAAACUCAUACAUGAAUGCAUCCAAUCGUCCAUACCUAAGUUACCAAUGUAAUGGAGGAAUUCCCUUUGACAACUACAAUCCAUAUUAUCCCCCAAACCCAAAGCACUUAGACAUGUAUCGACAACAGCGGCCAGCACUUUACUCAGAGCAGCAGUAUGGUGUACGGCGUUAUGAGGUCAAUUACCCACCCAGAUAUGGUGAGCCAGGCUUACAGGUCAAUGGUUAUAAUGCCACCAGCAUUAGACCAGUUCCUCCCAUGCGACCUUAUGGACCUUAUACUCCUAACAGCGUCUCAGAUCCCCGGUUUAUGGAUCCCCUCUCAAGAGCAUCCUCAGCCCAUGCAGGCGUAGAUUACACAACUGCUAUGAGCAAAGGCAAUCGUUUUGGAGAAUGCCCAAAUCCAUAUCUGCCCCAGAACCCUCAAAUGCUGCACCCAGGCCAAGAUCCUUUCCAUUUGCAAAUCAAAGCAGAGAUGGGUAUGCCUGGCCCACAAAUGCUUUCUGCUCAGUCUGGCAGUAUGUGUUUAAACCCUGAAACACAGUCAGGGUUAGGGUUGCCAAAUGGAAGCCUCAUGGGUUCCAGUAUCAAGCUGGAGCCUGGAACACCACAGACACCCACCACGCCGCAAAAGCCAGAGCUGUGGUCAGACAACGAGCACAAUUUCUUAGACCCUGAUAUUGGUGGAGUGGCUGUGGCACCUAGCCAUGGCUCUGUCCUUAUUGAGUGUGCAAAACGGGAGCUCCAUGCGACAACGCCCCUUAAAAAUCCAGAUCGCACCCACCCAACCCGUAUUUCCUUAGUGUUCUACCAGCACAAAAAUUUGAAUGAAGCCAAGCAUGGUUUGGCACUGUGGGAAGCAAAGAUGGCAGAAAAGGCUAGAGAGAAAGAAGAAGAAGCUGAGAGGAAUGGCGGUGAGGGGACUCCUAGCAAGAGCAGCAAAAAGGGGCCUAAACGUGAGCAUCUAGAGUCAUCAGAGACCACAGGGGAGCCUCCUUACAAACGUUAUAUCAAGGCACUAAUGGAGGGAUCUUUGUCAUGCACAACAAACACGUAUGUCAGUACAUCUCCGUACGCCUUCACCAAGGUUACAGGGCCUUACAGCCAGCUUGCGUAGAAAACACUCAUUAAGUAGAGUCUUGAAGGUGCUAUGACAAACAAGACCACAGGCACCAAUGCCCUCCCAUCAUCCUUGUGUUGUAAAAGGAACCUGUGAUUAGAUGAGCUACAAAUCACCUUUCACCUCUUUAACAAUCAAGCUUUACCCGUUUACCCUACAAAGGUUGUAUUUAUUCUUCUUUGGUAACUUUUGCAAGAUACAAACUCUCUGGUGCUUUUACUCUGAUACACACGGAUCUAUUUUAGCUGUAAAGAGUGUUUAAUUUUUGGUGGUUUUUAUUUUUCUUUCAAAGUUUUUUGGAGAUGUAAUCUUGGCAUAAAACACUGACUUUUUGUAAAUGACAACAUUCACGGUGCUAAAAAAUUAUGCUUAUUACCUUUUAUUUUAAUUCAAAUGCCUUCACACUAACUGCACAGAUAAAUGUCAGCGGGACACCGGAAAUAUCAUGCCAAUAUACAAAAUGCUUUUUGAAAAGCCAGUGUUUUUUAAAACACAUUUGGUAAUGAUAGUUGAAGCUGAAAAAAGUUUUGGUAGUACCUUUAAAUUAUAAGAUCUGGUAAAAGCAUAUGUCUGCAUUGACAGCAUGUCAUUUCUAAGCAACACAUUGUGACAUUCAUGAAUUUGUAAGGACUCGGGGGUUGUAUGAACAAUCCGUAAAGGUGUCCAUGCAAAAAUUUUGAGAGUUUUAUCAUUUGCUGGUGCUUCUUUCACUUUCCUAUGUCAUUUUUACUGUAAAUUGAGCCAUUCUUUUAUGGUGCAUUUUUGGAAAAAAAAAAAAAGAGAGAGAGAGAAAAAGAUCUCAGUUGUUCUGGUUCUUUUUCCAGGGUUCCUUUGUUUAUCGAUGAUUUUUUUUAACGUUCCUUACAACAGGUUAAUUGAACACACCUGGUGAUUGUGAAUAUUACAUGUAGAUUUUCCUGUGGUGCUUAGUAAAUGUGCUUUUCAAACACUGAGAAACAUGAUACAGGGUAAGCUCAGUGUCAGUUUCAGAGGGCAGCUGGCUUGCUGUGUGGUCUUUACUUAUUGUAAUCUAACUGUAAGAUAAACAGGUGAGAUUUGUACAGUAAAUUAAUAUUCCUUUUGGAAUUCCUGUUAGAGAUUUUUUGUUGCAAAGAAUGCUAACAGCCUGUUUCACUGUAUUUCUUUGGGUUUCAAAUGAAUCUAUUCAUAAGGUGCUACUCAACCUACUAGAAACAUAAAAUGUGAGACUCUUUGGGAGGUGAGAAGGCUUUUAAAUAGUGUACAGUACAAACCUGUCAUAUACCUCAAACAUUUGGCAAUAGGAUUAUAACAUCUUUUUCUUUCUUUAUUCGUUUAUUAUUUUCAAAAUGUUGAUCACACUUAAAAUUCAGGCCACCAAAAGGCAUAAAAGUUCAUUUCUUACUUUCUUAUGAAUCUGCAAGAAAGUAUUACUUGAACUUGAAUCUUUAAUAUUACUGCAAAAAUCAGGGACAUUUUCAACUAAUUUUGUGUACAUCUGCAUUGCCUGUAUUAAUGUUGUUUUUUUCAUAUUCAGGGACUUGCCAUUGCAUCCUGAAUCCCAAUAUGGUUCUUGUUUGUUAUAUUUCACACAAAAUUAUUUUGUGUGGAAAAAUAUACUUUCCUGCAGUUUUGUACGUAUAUUUUAGCAAGGAGAAUGGAGGUAAUAGUAAUCUGAACAUAUAUGCACUGAACUGACUAAAGGGAACGAUAUUGACUUUGAAAAAAAAAAAAAAAGCAAUUUUUUGCUUAUGUUACGAAGCAAGACCAGAGCAGUGAUUAAAAUAGUUGCACAUCUUUGUGCCUGUGUAUACAUUUAUUUAUAACCACUAAGCAACUGUACAAUGACCCAUUCUAUUUGAUUUAAUUAAUGUAAUUAAAUUAAUGACAGUCACGCUAAAGCAACAACUCACCCCACUUUUCCAUAUUCAUUUUCUUAAAGCACUUCAUUUCUUUUUCAGGAAAAAAAAAAUGUAAUGCAGAAUUUCAAAACGUUUUAUUUAAACAGAUUGUUUAUGUGUUAAAAAAAAAUAAAUUAUGUCACAAUGUACAUACCAAGAAUUUGUAUUUCAGGAGUAAAACUCAUUCUUCAAUGUUCAUGUUGGUUCUUUUUGUUUGUCAAUUCUACCAUAGCUCUUCCUUUAAGACCCUUUUCCGAGUUAAUAAAAUGAUUUUGGUUAGAUAA